AUGGCCGCAUUCAUCCGGUCGUACAACGCUGCUCUGCUCCAUCGACCGUUGAGGACCCAGAUCGUCACCUCCUUGGUUCUGUUCGGCGGUGGCGAUAUCAUUGCCCAACAGGCUAUCGAGAGAAAAGGGAAACAGCAUGAGUGGGCCCGAACGGCACGCCUGGCUGGUUAUGGAGGUUUUGUGUUCGCCCCGCUGGGAACGCGUUGGUUCAAGACCUUGGAUUUCAUUCAGCUGAAAAGUCGCGGAUUGACCACCUUCCUCAAACUCAGUAUCGAUCAACUAAUUGCCGCCCCGACCAUGCUCGCCUUCUUCUUCACCACCAUGAACUAUCUAGAGGGUAACGAUCUUAAACAAGCCGAGGAAAGGCUGCGUGAGAAGUGGGGUCCUACCCUGUACAAGAACUGGAUUGUCUUUAUCCCGCUUCAAGCGAUCAACUUCGGGCUCGUGCCCAGCCACUUGCGACUCCUAGUGAUCAACGGUGCUUCCUUGUUCUGGAAUUCUUACUUAUCAUAUGCCAACGCAUCCACCCUGCCAAUUGUGGGAAAGAUCAUAGAACAAGCUGACCACAAAUUCGAGGCUAUCUGA